ACUCGACCUCCGAGCUGCUCCUCGUGCUGCUGUACCGAUCACUUAGAGGUGGUUAGCGCGAUAUCUCCAGGCGCAUCCCGCCCCUCGCGCCCCCUUUGGCACGCUUCCGCCUCAGCCGACCAAUGAGAGCGCGAUGCGCUGCAGCUUAUAAAGCGACCUGCCGUCGAGCUGUUCACCCCGCCGUCCCCCGCCGUCCUAUGAACCACUGAUCCGAGCCGCAUCCCCAGAUCUACCGCAACCCGCGAAGAUGGCGACCCGGACCAUGCAAGCUGCCCGAUGCCCGACAGAUGAGCUGUCGCUGACUAACUGUGCCGUCGUGAGUGAGAAGGAUCUGCAGUCCGGACAACACGUGACAGUGAAAACGACACCAAACCACAAGUACGCAUUUACUGUAAAGACCCAUCAUACUGUAGCAGCUGGAAGCAUCGCCUUCAGCCUGCCACAGAGGAAAUGGGCCGGUCUCUCCAUCGGCCAGGAAGUGGAAGUGUCCAACUACAACUUUGACAAGUCCAAGCAGUGCAUUGGCGCCAUGACGAUCGAAAUCGACUUCCUGCAAAAGAAGAGCACCGACUCCUCUCCCUACGACUCGGACAAGAUGGCGGGCGAGUUCAUCCAACAGUUCAACAACCAGGCCUUCUCCGUCACCCAGCAGUUAGUGUUCAGUUUCUGUGACAAGCUGUUUGGACUGGUGGUGAAGGACAUCGAGGCGAUGGACGCCAGCAUCCUGAAAGGAGAACCAGCUUCUGGGAAGAAGCCGCAAAAGAUUGACGUCGGUCUGAUGGUGGGCAACAGCCAGGUCAUCUUCGAGAAGGCAGAGAAUUCUUCGCUCACACUAGUUGGUAAGGCAAAGACCAAGGAGGCACGGCAGACGAUCAUCAACCCGGACUGGAACUUUGAGAAAAUGGGAAUUGGAGGUCUGGACAAGGAAUUCUCUGACAUUUUCCGCAGAGCCUUCGCUUCCAGGGUUUUCCCUCCUGAUAUUGUGGAGCAGAUGGGCUGCAAGCACGUGAAGGGAAUCCUGCUGUUUGGCCCACCAGGGUGUGGAAAAACCCUGAUGGCCCGGCAGAUUGGCAAGAUGCUCAACGCCCGUGAGCCGAAGGUGGUUAACGGCCCAGAGAUCCUCAACAAGUACGUGGGAGAGUCUGAGGCCAACAUCCGCAAGCUGUUUGCCGAGGCAGAGGAGGAGCAGAAGAGGCUUGGCGCCAACAGCGGCCUGCACAUCAUCAUCUUCGAUGAGUUGGAUGCUAUCUGCAAGCAGAGAGGCACGGGCGCCAGCAGCACGGGUGUGCACGACACGGUGGUCAACCAGCUGCUGUCGAAAAUCGAUGGCGUGGAGCAACUUAACAACAUCCUGGUUAUUGGAAUGACCAACAGGCCCGACCUCAUUGAUGAUGCUCUGAUGAGGCCUGGCAGGUUUGAGGUGAAGAUGGAAAUCGGUCUUCCUGAUGAGAAGGGUCGCGUCCAGAUCCUGAACAUCCACACCAUUAAGAUGCGGAGCUUCAACCUGCUGGCUGGAGAUGUUGACAUCAAAGAGCUGGCCGCAGAGACAAAGAACUACAGCGGCGCCGAGCUGGAGGGGCUCGUCCGGGCCGCACAGUCCACCGCCAUGAACCGACAUAUCAAGGCUACAUCUACAGUUGAGGUGGACAUGGAGCGGGCGGAGAAGCUCCAGGUCACCAGGGCUGACUUCAUGGGAUCCCUCAACAAUGACAUCAAGCCUGCUUUUGGCACAAACCAGGAGGAUUACUCCAGCUACGUCAUGAACGGGAUCAUCAAAUGGGGCGACCCCGUUACCCACGUCCUGGAUGACGGAGAGCUGCUUGUCCAGCAGACCAAGAACAGUGACCGCACUCCUCUGGUGGCCGUACUCCUGGAGGGUCCACCCCACAGUGGGAAGACGGCCCUGGCAGCGAAGAUUGCAGAGGACUCCCAGUUCCCCUUCAUUAAGAUCUGCUCUCCAGACAAGAUGAUUGGAAACUCCGAGAUCUCCAAAUGCCAGGCUAUCAAAAAGGUUUUCGAUGAUGCAUACAAGUCCCAGCUCAGCUGUGUGGUGGUGGAUGACAUCGAGCGCCUGCUGGACUACGUGCCUAUUGGUCCUCGUUUCUCCAACCUUGUGCUGCAGGCUCUGCUGGUGCUGCUUAAAAAACCUCCACCCAAGGGCCGGAAGCUGCUCAUCAUCGGCACCACCAGCAGGAAGGACGUCCUGCAGGAGAUGGAGAUGCUGGACGCCUUCAGCACCACCAUCCACGUCCCCAACAUCUCCACUGGGGAGCAGCUGGUGGACGCCUUAGAGCUGCUCGGAAGCUUCACGGAUAAAGAGCGAGCCAGCAUCGGCCAGCAGCUCCGAGGGAAGCGGGUCUGGAUCGGCAUCAAGAAGCUGCUGGUGCUCAUAGAGAUGUCGCUGCAGAUGGAUCCAGAUUACAGAGUGAUCAAAUUCAUGACUCUGCUUAGAGACGAGGGAGCUGAUCGCAGCUUGUAAGAGCAGAGGGAGCAAGUGGAGCUGAGGAGACUUCCCCUUUCUGCAAAACCAUAAACAUGAACCAACGUGACAGGAGAAAACUGAUCCCUGGUCUAACUCCUCUCCCCCUCCGCAUGUCCAACCCAGAAGGCGUCUCCGUGUCUCCUUCCCUCACGCUCACCGACGUCACUAACGGCACUUAUAUCAACAUGUUGCAGCCAACUAUUGGAAAUUGUAAUGUGAAAAUCUGUUCUCUGUAAAGGAACUUGCAAUAGAUGAUUGUGGAGAAAAUAAUAAAGUGUUGUUUUGUGCAUUGUGCGUAAAAAAAAAAAAAAAAGCUACGGAAAAAAAGGAGUAGGCAGUGUUUUUAGCUCUACUCUGUUGUAUCUGUUGCCUCCUUCUCGUCCCUCUGACGGUAGUUAUUGUCAUGCGUCCUGACGAGCCGCUAAAAACGCAACUCCGACUCUAGUACUGAGGCCGUCUGGCUGCUGAGGUGUGAAUACAUGAGAGGCUUUUAGUGAUUUAGCUGUGGCUGUACAAAGACGCUGUUUCAUGUGUAAAUGUAAUCCCUUUAAAGACACAGUAUGACAUUGUUCUGUAAAUAGUAUAUAUAGAGAGAGGGAGGAAAAAAACAGUAUAUGAACAGAUGAUGGAUAUUUCCUAGUGUAUCAGUAUGAUCUUCCGUGCUGUGGAGAUGUUGAUUUGAUUUUAGUGUAGAAAUAAAAUCACGUAACGGAUCGUCGGCCGCUCCGUCUGUACGCAGUGCUGUUCAGUUCAUUGUGGGGAACCCCAUGCUGCAUGUGUAUGGUGUGUGUAUGAAUGGUUGACUAAGGUUUAUUCAAAUGCAAUUGUAUGUGUGUGUGAAAUAAUUGUGUGCCCCCUGAAAAAAGACAGCUGGCUAUCAUUUUGUAUUUUUUGUUGCUUAAGC